UGGGAGCAGAAAGCCAAGAAGGGAGAGGAGAGAACAGGCAGACAGAGGAACAGGCUGGAGGCUGGACAGGCAGACGGAUUCAGGGCUGUGGCAUGAAGCUCCUUCCCAGCUGGAGAGCGGUGCUGCCUGUGGGCGCUCGGGGCCGGGUCUGGCCAUGGGCACAACAACCCAGAAGAACUGCUCACACCUGUGUCCCAGAGAUGAGGGCCCAGGAGGACCCCGAGGGCCAGACACAGCAUGAGGACCUGGGCUUAGCAGGGCCCUCCACGAAGGACCCCCCGGUGCCCCUGCCCACAGAGCCCAAGUCCGACAUGCUGUACAAGAUCGAAGACGUGCCGCCCUGGUAUCUGUGCAUCCUGCUGGGCUUCCAGCAUUACCUGACAUGCUUCAGUGGCACCAUUGCUGUGCCCUUCCUCCUGGCUGAGGCGCUGUGUGUGGGCCGUGACCAGCACAUGGUCAGCCAGCUCAUUGGCACCAUCUUCACCUGCGUGGGCAUCACCACCCUCAUCCAGACCACGCUGGGCAUCCGGCUGCCGCUGUUCCAGGCUAGUGCCUUUGCAUUUCUGAUCCCAGCUAAAGCCAUCCUGGCCCUGGAGAGAUGGAAAUGUCCCCCAGAAGAGGAGAUCUAUGGCAACUGGAGUCUGCCCCUGAACACUUCUCAUAUCUGGCACCCACGGAUGAGAGAGGUCCAGGGUGCAAUCAUGGUAUCCAGCAUAGUGGAAGUGGUGAUUGGGCUGAUGGGACUGCCUGGGGCCCUGCUCAGCUACAUUGGGCCUCUCACGGUCACCCCCACUGUCUCCCUUAUUGGCCUCUCUGUUUUCCAAGCUGCUGGUGACCGAGCAGGCUCCCACUGGGGAAUCUCAGCUUGCUCCAUUCUCCUGAUCGUCCUCUUCUCCCAGUACCUGCGCAACCUCACCUUCCUGCUGCCAGUCUACCGCUGGGGCAAGGGCCUCAGUCUCUUCCGCAUCCAGAUCUUCAAGAUGUUUCCUAUUGUGCUGGCCAUCAUGACCGUGUGGCUGCUCUGCUACAUCCUGACCCUGACAGAUGUGCUGCCCACAGACCCUACAGCCUACGGCUUCCAGGCACGAACGGACGCCCGAGGGGACAUCAUGGCUAUUGCACCCUGGAUCCGAAUCCCCUACCCCUGUCAGUGGGGCCUGCCCACAGUGACUGCAGCUGCUGUCCUAGGAAUGUUCAGUGCCACAUUGGCGGGUAUCAUUGAAUCCAUCGGAGAUUAUUAUGCUUGUGCCCGCCUGGCUGGUGCACCACCCCCUCCAGUACAUGCUAUCAACAGGGGCAUCUUCACCGAAGGCAUCUGCUGCAUCAUCGCAGGGCUGUUGGGCACCGGCAAUGGGUCCACCUCGUCCAGCCCCAACAUUGGCGUCCUGGGGAUUACCAAGGUGGGCAGCAGGCGCGUGGUGCAGUAUGGUGCGGGCAUCAUGCUGGUCCUGGGCACUAUUGGCAAAUUCACAGCCCUCUUCGCUUCGCUCCCUGACCCCAUCCUGGGAGGCAUGUUCUGCACCCUCUUCGGCAUGAUAACCGCUGUGGGGCUGUCCAACCUGCAGUUCGUGGACAUGAACUCCUCCCGCAACCUCUUCGUGCUCGGAUUUUCCAUGUUCUUUGGACUUACACUGCCGAAUUACCUGGAGUCCAACCCCGGCGCCAUCAACACAGGUAUUCCUGAAGUGGACCAGAUUCUGACUGUGCUACUGACCACGGAGAUGUUCGUGGGUGGGUGCCUUGCUUUCCUACUGGACAACACAGUGCCAGGAAGCCCAGAGGAAAGAGGCCUGGUACAGUGGAAAGCUGGGGCCCAUGCCAACAGUGAGAUGUCUACCAGUCUCAAGAGCUAUGAUUUCCCCUUUGGGAUGAACAUGAUAAAAAGGAUUGCCUUUCUGAAAUACAUUCCUAUCUGCCCAGUCUUCAAAGGAUUUUCUUCAAGGUCAAAAGAUCAGCGUCCAGUUCCAGAAGAUAUUUCAGAGAAUAGAGAAACUGGGCCCGUGUGCACCAAGAUCUGAAAAAUUACUCCCAGGAAAGGUAGGAUGUGUUAGUUUAUGGCUUUUGUGCGAGGAUUGAAAAAUCACAUUCUUAUAUGCUUUAUCCAAAGGAAAACCAAACUACUUGGUUUCCCUUUUUGUGACUCAUUUGAGUGUCUUCAAGGGGAAGGUAAACUGGGUUAAAAAGUCAA